CACAGCUACUUAAUGUACCAGUCACUCCUCCUUCAUCAGUGGGACGCUGCUCCACCCUCUCCAGCGCGUUCAUCUCUCCGGCCGUUACCGUCCCACGAGUGGAGAGGAUUUCAGCACCGGGACAGAUCCACCAUACAUCCACCACCGUCACGCAUCAUGGCGACAGAGUUUCACAACCUUCAGGAGCUGUGUCACAGUGCAUCUCUGGCCACCAAGGUCUUCAUUCAGAGAGACUACAGAGACGGCACCAUCUGCAAAUUCCAGACCAAGUUCCCCGCUGAGCUGGACAGUAGGAUCGAGAGGAGCCUGUUUGAAGAAACGUUGAAGACGCUCAACUGCUAUUAUGCAGAGGCUGAAAAGAUUGGCAGUCAGUCCUACCUGGAAGGCUGCCUGGCUUGUGCUACAGCCUACAUCAUCUUCCUGUGCAUGGAGACACGCUAUGAAAUGAUACUGAAAAAGAUCAGCAUGUAUAUUCAGGAGCAGAAUGAGAAGAUCUAUGCACCCAGAGGUUUGCUCCUCACAGAUCCCGUCGAGAGAGGCAUGAGAGUGAUUGAAAUCUCCAUCUUUGAAGACAGUGGCUCCACCAGCUCCAGUGGAAGUUCUCCAUCCAGUAGCACAGCUCAAUGACUGGAGGAGCAGCACCAGGGGUACGGGUACAGGGGGGCCAGUACGCUCCCCAAAAUCCGCAUGUUGAAACAUGAAAGCACCAGAUUUUAAAGAAAGAGAGAGAGAGAGGAAGUAUAGGUACUGCUCACUCGCUCGCUUCUUCCAAACAACAAUUGCAAAGCCAGGAGCUUUAACUCACAAACGCACCUCCCCUUCCCCACCUCAUUUAAUUCAGCCUCCUCUGCAUUCCCAUUAGUGACAGACACAUGUUGAUCAGACGCCCUCAAUAGUGAAAUAAAGAGGGCUAGCAGACGGGUACAAUGGUCGGAGUGCUUCCUACAGAUUUUUCACUGUGUGUUAGCUCUGGAAAAUCCAGAUUAAGAUGGUUUUGAAACAUGAUAGCUGGUUUCUAGCUAGCCUAAGUCAAGUCCUGUGUUAUUUUAUCAUUGAGAUACUAUUAUAGUUUUUGUUAAAGGUGCA